UAGAGAAGAACUAAAAAAUAAAAGACCGCGUAUUGAUAAUGUGUUGAAACAACGUGAUUCAACUGCUCGAAUACAUCGUCACGAUUGUGGAGGUACAAUUCGGAUGAAUAUUGACCGAACAAAUAAUUUAAUUACAAUUAAUAUCUACCAUUACCUCCACUUACCACCUGAAGCAACGGAUGUUACACCACAAGUACGUGAAUAUAUUGCCAAGAAUCACUUAUUGACAGUUCCACAACUCUAUGAAAAUAUCAAAGAAGAAAAAAUUGAUGGGUUCUUACAUCUUACUCGGCAUCAA